AUGUUUUCUAGGACUUUGGCCUCGUCGGCGUUUCGGCCACUUUUCCGACAGCCUCAAGUGUUGCAACCUAGAUUCGCUGGCAUUCAGCUGCCCUCUACCCUCUAUGCCCGGUAUCUGUCUUCGGAGACACGGUCAGCUAUUGACAAAGCUGUCGCAUCUGCACCCGUCGUUCUUUUCAUGAAGGGCACGCCAGAGACGCCGCAGUGCGGUUUCUCUCGAGCCAGUAUACAAAUUUUGGGACUGCAGGGAGUGGAUCCGAAGAAGUUUGUUGCAUUCAAUGUGUUGGAAGAUUCAGAACUUCGUCAGGGUAUCAAAGAGUAUUCCGACUGGCCCACAAUCCCGCAAUUGUAUCUGGAGAAGGAGUUCAUCGGUGGCUGCGAUAUUCUGAUGUCUAUGCAUCAGAAUGGAGAACUUGCUAAAUUGCUCGAAGAGAAGGGGGUCCUUGUGGCGGCCGACUAA